CCACCAAGCGUUGGAGCGGGAGCGGCGGCGGCAAGUCGGAUUCCAUUUUGUCAGAAGUGCGAGAUCCCUUGCCGCGCGCUUUACAACCGUUGACUGAUGAGCAAGUGAUUGCGGUUGGGCCCUGCAUUGAGGGAAAGAUUCUGCGACCGACAGGGCCUGCAUGAGCCCCUGCUGCAGAGGGGUGCUGAUGCUGUACCUGCCCGCCUUCCAAGCUCAACAUAUGGGCUGCGUCGACGGCGCAUGCUGGAAAGCUGCAGUGCGGAUGCUAGACUUGGCCAGGAGCCUCGAAUCGGCAGUCCCGAGCGCUGAUCCCAGACGGACAGACCCCCUCGACUUGCUGCAUGGGCAAGGGUCAAAUGCGACCUGGGCAUGUCUGCUCUAAGCAAUGUUGAAUGGGACAGCGAUCAGGCCUCCUUCCGA